AUGACUGGCGGCCGGCAAGCUGUACCACAGCCACGUGACUUCGCCUUCUUCCUGUCUUGCCGCGAGCUGCUGGAGCGACCGGGCACGUGCAGCCUGGCCGACCUGAUCCUAGACCAGUGCCCCGACCGCGAGGCGCCGGUGCAGCAGAUGCUGGCGCAGUCCGAGAGGCUGCUGUUCAUCCUGGACGGCGUAGACGAAAUGUUGGCACCGGAGCCGGCCGAGGCCGCGCCCUGCAGAAACCCCCACGAGGCCGCGAGCGGCGCGCGGGUGCUGGGGAGCCUGCUGAGCAAGGAGCUGCUGCCCGCGGCGCGUGCCUUAGUGACCAGGAGAGGCGCCGCCCCCGGGAGGCUGCAGGCCCGCCUGUGCUCACCGCAGUGCGCAGAGGUGUGCGGCUUCUCAGACAAGGACAGGAAGAAGUACUUCUACAAGUUUUUCCAGGACGAGUGGAAGGCGGAGCACGCCUACCGCUCGGUGAAGGAGAACGAGAUGCUCUUCUCCUUGUGCUUCGUGCCGGCCGUGUGCUGGAUCGUGUGCACCGUGCUGCGCCAGCAGCAUCCAGCCGCGCUCUCACAUCUGCACGCAUCUGCACACACCCAUCCAUCGUUUGCACACUUGUUAACACCCGCAUGUCUGUGCCCGCAGGCCCGCAGUCUGCAGGCUGUGCCGAGACUGGUGAAGCUCUUCAACCACGCCAACCAGGAAGUGCAGCGCCACGCCACAGGCGCCAUGCGCAACCUCGUCUAUGACAACGCGGACAACAAGCUGGCCCUGGUGGAGGAGAACGGCAUCUUCGAGCUGCUGCGGGCGCUGCGGGAACAGGACGACGAGCUCCGCAAAAACGUCACAGGGAUCCUGUGGAACCUGUCCUCCAGCGACCGCCUAAAGGACCGCUUGGCCCGGGACACGCUGGAGCAGCUCGCAGAUCUGGUGCUGAGCCCCCUGUCGGGGGCAGGCGGGCCACCCCUCAUCCAGCAGAAUGCCUCUGAAGCCGAGAUAUUCUACAAUGCCACCGGCUUCCUCAGGAACCUCAGCUCCGCCUCCCAGGCCACUCGCCAGAAAAUGCGUGAGUGCCACGGGCUGGUGGACGCGCUGGUCACCUACAUCAACCACGCCCUGGACGUGGGCAAGUGUGAGGAUAAGAGCGUGGAGAACGCUGUGUGCGUGCUGAGGAACCUGUCCUACCGCCUGUACGACGAGAUGCCACCCUCAGCCCUUCAGCGGCUGGAGGGCCGGGGCCGCCAGGACAUGGGGGUACCCCCGGGCGAGGCGGUGGGCUGCUUCACUCCACAGAGCCGGCGGCUCCGAGAGCUGCCCCUCACGGCCGAUGCCCUCACCUUUGCUGAGGUGUCUAAGGACCCCAAGGGCCUCGAGUGGUUGUGGAGCCCCCAGAUCGUGGGGCUGUACAACCGGCUGCUGCAGCGCUGUGAGCUCAACCGGCACACGACCGAGGCAGCGGCCGGGGCGCUGCAGAACAUCACCGCAGGGGACCGCAGGUGGGCGGGGGUGCUGAGCCGGCUGGCUCUAGAGCAGGAGCGCAUACUGAACCCCCUGCUGGACCGGGUUCGGACCGCUGACCACCACCAGCUGCGCUCACUGACGGGCCUCAUCCGAAACCUGUCCCGCAACGCCAGGAACAAGGAUGAGAUGUCCACCAAGCUGGUGAGUCACCUGAUCGAGAAGCUGCCCGGCAGCGUGGGUGAGAAGUCUCCUCCAGCCGACGUGCUGAUAAACAUCAUAGCUGUCCUCAACAACCUCGUGGUGGCCAGUCCCGUGGCUGCCCGGGACCUGCUCUACUUCGACGGGCUCCGCAAGCUGGUCUUCAUCAAGAAGAAGCGGGACAGCCCUGACAGUGAGAAGUCCUCCCGGGCGGCCUCCAGCCUCUUGGCCAACCUGUGGCAGUACAACAAGCUCCACCGAGACUUCCGGGCGAAGGGCUACCGGAAGGAGGACUUCCUGGGGCCGUAGGCGAAGCCUUCCAGGAGAAGGAGAAUGCGAUGUGACCCAGCCUCCUAGGGAAGGGCUCAGCUCAGGGCUGCUCACCAGCCGGCCUGGAGGAGAAGGUUGAUGAUGGCCCAGGGGCCUCUCGCUGGAGCCCUGUCCGCAUGCAACGUGAAGGCCUGGGCCACGGGGGAGGGGAACGAGGGCUUGCAGCUGGGGAAUUGGCUUUUGCGGGGCAUAGGGUGGCAGGGCUUGAGGCUGCUCUGAUGCCUGGGGUGGUGGCCAGGUCACACUGGCAGAGGUGGUGCUGGCUGUGCCCCAGCGGUGCCUUGGGACAGCCAACAGUGGGAAUAAAGGUGGCCGUGGACGCAG